CUCCCGAGAGUUGUUGGCAAUUCAGCUGCGAAAGGGAAAGCGGGCGCGCCCGCUGCUGCCCGCGCGGUUUCCCGCCGCGCCCGCGUCCCCGGCGGCGGGCGGGCUCCGAGGCGCCCGGGCCGUGGCGGCGGCGGCGGCGGCGCGAGCGGCGCCCUCGGGGCCGGUGAAUCAUCCCGGCAGACACCGAGAGCCGCGGCAGCAGAGAGCGCCGAAACAUGGCUGAAGCGGCCACGGGCUUUCUGGAGCAGCUCAAGUCCUGCAUAGUUUGGUCUUGGACUUAUCUCUGGACUGUGUGGUUCUUCAUCGUGCUCUUCCUGGUCUACAUCCUGAGGGUGCCCUUGAAGAUCAACGACAAUCUGAGCACAGUGAGCAUGUUUUUGAACACGUUAACCCCGAAGUUCUAUGUGGCUCUGACAGGCACUUCCUCAUUAAUAUCAGGGCUUAUUUUGAUAUUUGAAUGGUGGUAUUUUCGCAAGUAUGGAACAUCGUUCAUUGAACAAGUCUCAGUAAGCCACUUGCGCCCCCUUCUGGGAGGGGUUGACAACAACUCCUCCAACAAUUCUAACUCCAGUAACGGGGACUCAGAUUCCAACAGGCAAAGUGUCUCAGAAUGCAAAGUAUGGCGCAAUCCACUAAAUUUAUUUAGGGGUGCUGAAUAUAAUCGGUACACGUGGGUGACAGGACGAGAACCUCUGACCUACUAUGACAUGAAUCUCUCUGCCCAGGACCACCAAACAUUCUUCACCUGUGACUCCGACCACCUCCGCCCUGCGGAUGCGAUAAUGCAGAAAGCCUGGAGAGAAAGAAAUCCUCAAGCUAGGAUUUCUGCAGCUCAUGAAGCCUUGGAAAUAAAUGAAAUUCGGUCCAGAGUUGAAGUUCCCCUAAUUGCUUCCUCUACCAUCUGGGAGAUAAAAUUAUUGCCAAAGUGUGCAACUGCUUAUAUUCUUUUGGCUGAAGAGGAAGCAACCACCAUUGCUGAAGCAGAAAAACUGUUUAAGCAGGCUCUGAAGGCUGGAGACGGCUGUUACCGGCGUUCUCAACAGUUACAGCAUCAUGGAUCUCAGUAUGAAGCCCAACAUAGGCGAGACACCAAUGUCUUGGUCUACAUCAAAAGAAGGCUAGCAAUGUGUGCCAGAAGACUCGGGAGGACCAGGGAAGCAGUGAAAAUGAUGAGAGAUUUAAUGAAGGAGUUCCCUUUGCUAAGCAUGUUCAAUAUCCACGAAAACCUUUUAGAAGCACUUCUGGAACUGCAAGCAUACGCUGAUGUCCAGGCAGUUUUGGCAAAGUAUGAUGAUAUAAGCUUACCAAAGUCGGCAACAAUAUGCUACACAGCUGCCUUGCUCAAAGCAAGAGCUGUCUCUGACAAAUUCUCUCCCGAGGCCGCAUCGCGGCGGGGCCUGAGCACGGCUGAGAUGAAUGCAGUAGAGGCCAUCCACAGAGCUGUGGAGUUCAACCCUCACGUGCCAAAGUACCUACUAGAAAUGAAAAGCUUAAUCCUGCCCCCUGAGCAUAUCCUGAAGCGGGGAGACAGUGAAGCAAUAGCAUACGCAUUCUUUCAUUUGGCCCACUGGAAAAGGGUGGAAGGGGCUUUGAAUUUGCUGCAUUGUACGUGGGAAGGCACUUUUCGGAUGAUCCCUUACCCCUUGGAAAAGGGGCACCUGUUUUACCCUUACCCCAUCUGCACAGAAACAGCAGACCGAGAGCUGCUGCCGUCUUUCCAUGAAGUCUCAGUUUACCCAAAGAAGGAGCUCCCCUUCUUCAUUCUCUUCACUGCUGGAUUGUGUUCCUUCACAGCCAUGCUGGCUCUCCUGACACAUCAGUUCCCGGAACUCAUGGGAGUCUUCGCAAAGGCCAUGAUUGACAUUUUCUGCUCGGCAGAGUUCAGGGACUGGAAUUGCAAGAGUGUUUUCAUGCAUGUUGAAGAUGAACUGGGAAUUCCACCGGCUCCUCAGUCUCCACAUUUCCAAAAUUGAGCUCAUCAUCCUUGCCCCCUCUCCGCCCCCAACCAGCACCCAAGCUGCUCCUCCUCAGGUUUCCUGACUUCUACCAGUGGCCCUGCCAUCUCUUCAGUUACUCAAGCCAGCAUCUCAGCAGCCCUCCCUCGUUUCCUGCCUCCCAUCCCUCUUGGCCUUCGCAGUCUGUCGGUUCUAACCUUCUAGCAGCCAGGCGUUCUGCCAGUGUGAUUUGCCUCUUCCUUUUCUCCAUGUCUCACCACAGCAGCUCUCUUAAGCUAGGUCCUUGUUGUUCCUUUUAUAGGCUCCUGCAAUGGGCUGAACUGCUCUCCCAGCUCCUAGUCUUACUCUUUGCCAAUCUUUCUCCUCCAUACUGACAGAAGAAUGGCCUUUCUAUAUUGAAAAUCUAAGCACGUCACUUCCCUGCUUGAAUAUCUCCAAUGGUUUCCUACCCAUUUCAGGACAAAGUGCAGAUGGUUAGCACGGCAUCCAGAGCCUUUGACCGUCUGCUCUUGCUAGCCUCUUCUGCCUCCUCUGUC